GAAGGUCAAGACACUUCCAGCUUUGAAUCGCAGAGAAUGUCACGAUGAUCCCAAAUCUCUUCCUUCCACUGAUUGGAGUGGUGUCAUUGGCAAACUUGGUGACGGGUCAACAAGCAGGCAUAGAACCUGCUAGGAUCUAUGGUCUUGUCUCAAAUGUGAAGGUAGGCGAGGCAUUUGACCUCAAGUGCAGCAUGUUUGGAUUGAAGAGACCAAGUGAGAUCGUGCAUCUUUACCUGUGCAAGGAUGGAGUUGGAACAGCGGCCAAGGCCACCUGUGAUGACGACUACUCCUUUACAGUUAAACCAUCCACUUUCGAAAGCGCGGGGAACUACAGCUGCGUCUUCUCAAGUAGGAGAUAUCGUCCCUCUGACGUGAGAAGCCAUGGAUCCACCUCAGUCUAUAUCACCGUGAUUGAUUUUCUCCACCCUGCACUGAUAGCUGUGAAUGAAACCCCAGUGAGGCGAGGGACAGACGUGGAACUGAAGUGCACGUCAGAACAUGCUCCUGACAAUGGCCUCCUCCACGCAUACCUCUGCAGAAACCAACAGAUCAUUGACGUCCACCUAUGGAACCCUCGGAAGAGGCAAGCCGUUUUCUUUCUGAGACGCGUCCGAGCAGAUGAUUCGGCCCACUACAGCUGUGUGCUGUCUGAGAAGCUGCUAGCCACUAAAGCCUUGGAGAUGUGCAAAAACAACACUGUGUUCCUGGAGGUUUAUGAUAGCCCAACAGCCCCUACAGUGAUAACUAUCAGGCCUGAACCAGAGUGCAAUGAAAACUUGUUUCGUAUCUUUUGUUCUGCUGCUGUGGUUAUUGUGCUUGUGGUUGUGGUGUGCAGUGGCGAGGUGGUCUGCCGACGAAAAGACAUUGCUGAAGAGGAGGACGGAGACCAGCACUCCAUUAUGAUGGUUGUUAUGGAACCUCAGGCAGCCAAGGGGCAUGAUUAGAAGUGCAUGAACAAAUAGGGUCCUUUGAUAUGCAGAAAGUACAUACUUAUAUGGCAGUUAAUUGCAUCGGUUUCCUUGUUUUUUUGUAAAUAAAUACGGCGCCAUUUUCUUUUUAAAUUAUAUUUUGGGCAUUUUAUGCCUAUAUGUGGAUAUGACAGUGCCAGUUAAGACAGUGGGACAGAAAGUGAGUGGUAGAGAAAUGAGAGAAGGAUCGAGAAAUUACCUCAGGUUGGAAUCAAACUUCGAGAUGGAAUGGCACCAUAGCCAACUGAGCCAUUUUCAAGGAAUGUUAAUUGUUUAUUUUGUUAUCUAUGUUGCUAAAUCCAACUUUUCCAUUCAAAUGUUCAAAUAAAUGUUUUUGUAAUUGUUUGUAUUUCUGCUCAUAUAUUGUUGGCCUAAUGCUUAGGGAAGGGCUUUUAUGAAUAAUCAUGGAAUGUUCAGUGGAAGAGAGCCUGCUGAAAUGUAGCCCCAUGUAAGCUUAAGUGUGUGACGUAAUUCCAAAUGUAGGGUUAUUGUAUUUUACUGUUGUGUAAUUAUGUGAAAUUGAAAGGCAAUGUCUCUACGCAUUAAACUAGAAAGGACAGAGUCUGGUCUUGCUAUGUGAAUGUGAUAUCUGAAAUUGUUUUACAAAAAUAUAUGAGCUA